GGCGCAGAAUUGGACCGCAGAUCCAGCGGAGCAGACAAAUCAGCGUCUUUCUCUCUCUAAAUUCGCCCUCUCUUUCUCCGGCGAGAAUACCUCCCCCUCCACUUCCUCCUCCUCCUUUAUUUCUCUCCCUAGAUUGUCUGAUUUUCUCUCUCCUCUUCAACCAAUCACGAACUCACCAGAAAUUUCCAGAACUUUCGUGCAUGCUUCAGAUCCGUUCAUCAUCUUCUUCAUCGUCAUCUCUUUGACCAUGCCGUUGAACUGAUUUGAAUUCAGUCCAAUCCAAUUCAAUCAGACUUCGACAAUUUUUCACCAUAUUUUUUUGGCAUUCCUCAAAUAUUAAGGAAAUAAAAUUGGGGAAAAAAUGGAGGGAAUAUUCAAUAAGAUACGGAAUUUGGAUGCAUAUCCUAAAAUUAACGAAGAUUUUUACAGUAGGACGCUGUCUGGUGGCGUCAUCACUCUCUUCUCCUCUCUCGUCAUGUUCCUCCUCUUUUUCUCAGAACUCCGCCUAUAUUUGCAUGCUGUGACUGAAACACAGCUUAUAGUUGAUACAUCGAGAGGAGAAACCCUACGCAUCAAUUUUGAUGUUACUUUCCCCGCGCUACCAUGUUCAAUUCUCAGCGUUGAUGCUAUGGAUAUAAGUGGAGAGCAGCACCUUGAUGUAAGACAUGACAUAAUCAAAAAAAGAUUAGACUCCCAUGGGAAUGUGAUAGAGACACGGCAAGAGGGCAUUGGUGCUCCUAAGAUAGAGAAGCCGUUACAGAAGCAUGGUGGCAGGCUGGAGCAUAAUGAGACUUAUUGUGGCUCAUGUUAUGGUGCAGAAGCGGCGGACGAUGAUUGUUGCAACACUUGCGAAGAUGUCCGUGAAGCAUAUAGAAAGAAGGGCUGGGCAGUUACAAACCCUGAUUUACUUGACCAGUGUAAGAGGGAAGGUUUUCUGCAAAAAGUUAAGGAUGAAGAAGGUGAAGGUUGUAAUCUUUAUGGAUUUCUGGAAGUAAAUAAGGUGGCUGGAAAUUUUCAUUUUGCACCUGGAAAAAGCUUUCAACAGUCAGGAGUUCAUGUCCAUGACUUAUUGGCAUUCCAAAAGGAUAGUUUCAAUAUAAGUCACAAAAUCAAUAGAUUGACUUUUGGGGACUAUUUCCCUGGUGUUGUAAACCCCCUUGAUGGAGUGUCCUGGACACACAAUACGCCAAAUGGGAUGUACCAAUACUUUCUUAAGGUGGUACCUACUGUAUACACAGAUGUGAAUGGACAUACUAUAAAUACAAAUCAGUUUUCUGUCACCGAGCACUUUAAGAGCGCUAGUGCAGGUCACUUUUCGACAUUGCCUGGAGUCUUCUUCUUUUACGAUCUCUCUCCAAUCAAGGUAACUUUCAAAGAGGAACAUGUUUCCUUUUUACACUUUUUGACAAAUGUUUGUGCUAUUGUUGGAGGUGUUUUCACCGUGUCGGGAAUUCUAGACUCCUUUGUCUAUCAUGGUCAAAAAGCAAUUAAGAAGAAGAUGGAAAUUGGCAAAUUUAGUUGAAGGAGUUUUACUAGCUGGCUACUGUUGUAAUUUCUGGGGCUUGCUCGUUCAUGUCUGUACGCGGAAGGAAAAAUAUAUACAGCCCCAAAUCGUCUGAUCACAAAACAGAAACAGUUUUGUCAUAGUUUCAGGAUACAGUUUUUUCAAUUUCUAUUAAUUAUUCAAGAGUUUUAGGUGGUCUCUUUGCAUAUGCUCUAAUGUUUUCUAGCUGUACCACAAUUGUAAAUUUCAUUUAAAGAUGAGAGCAUGUGUUUCAGUCCCUGUGAAAGGGAUACCCAAACUUAUUCUAGAGUUCUUGCUAUGCAGAGAAAACACAAUUAAUCGGAUACCUUCAAUUACAUUUUAACACUUCCUUAGCUAAAAUAAGUUUGCAAAUUUGGUUUCUUUUUCUUUCACAAAA